AUGGGGUACUUUUGUUCAUUGCAUAAAUUUAUCAUAAUUCACUUAUCUCCAGAUGAAGAAUUACAAGCAGAAAUUAGGAAAAAUUACGAGGAAAGCCAGACAUCUACAGUAGCAACAGAAUGUACAGAAUUUCGUGAGGAAAGCCAGACAUCUACAGUUGCAAGAGAAUGUACAGAAUUUCAUGAGGAUGAAGCAAGUGAUGUUGAAGAUACCUCUCCUUCUACCUCUUCGAGUUGGAGUAGAGAAGCUACAGAACAACUUAUUGAUCUAUAUGAAGAACAUGAAGAAAAAAUGGAAGACCCAAGAAGGAAGAAAAAAGAUAUUUGGAAAUUAAUUACAGAGGGAUUAAACAAUGCUGGAUUUAAAUUUUCUCAGACCAAAGUGGAAGGUAAAUGGAGAAGUCUGAUUGCGUCUCAUAAAACUCUUAGGGAUAACAAAACCAAAACUGGCCAGAAACGCAAAACUUUUCAGUAUUUCGAAAGAAUCGAUGCCAUUUUGUCUAAACGUCAUGAUGUGAAUCCGUCAUUCCUAUCAGGCUCUGGGGUGAACACUUCCACAGCAACAAAAUUUAGUACCAAAGUUGAAAAUUCUCAGUCAGCGUCUCAAGAGGAGAAGAAUGAGUUCAAGCCUGAUACAGACUCCAGCACUUCAGAUACGGAGAGGAACACAGCUUCAAGUCAAGGAAACAACAAAUACAGCUCAUCGUUGUCAGCAUGCAGAAGGCGUGAAAAAAGAAAGAUAGAUACCGGUAGUACUUCAGGUACAAAGUUGGUUGAAAUUGUUGUUGAAAUGGAGAAACAGCGCAAAACGGAAAGAGAGGAACGAGAGAGAAAAAGAGAUGAGCGAGCUAAAGAAAAAAAUGAUCUGUUGCGACAAUUUUUGGAAAUUCUGAAAAAUAAAUGAAUAGAAUACAUGUCAUGCAAGGGACUGUGUAAAAAAUAUCUCUUCUUUUUUCAGAUUCCUGUAAAAUUUGUGAAUUGCCACUGCACAUUUUGAAGACUAUUUUUGAAUUUGUUGAAAGGGAUGGUCUUAGUUGUAAAUUGUAUUUAGUUUGCAAAAAAUUUAGAAAUUUGGUCUAUCUCUCAAGAACUGAAAUGAUUAUUCACAUCAGUGCACUUACAAAUGACUGUGGCAUGAAGUUGAUGCCAGACUUGAAAAAAGUGACUAUAAUUGGUCUAUAUGGUGGACAGAAAACCAGUGAUGUACAGCCAAUUAUCAACUUAUUUGAUAAUGUGAACUUUCAAAAACUAGAAAAUCUUAUCCUGAAAGGAUUUUGUUUCAAGAAUAAUUUUUUUCAAUUACUGUGUUCUCUAUCACUUGUUAACUUGCUGGUUUUGAAACUUGUGUUUUGUGAUAAUAGAACUGUUGGAGAACUGAAAUGUAUUCUAGAAAAAAUUCCAACUCUCAAAUAUUGUGAUGUCGAAUGCAAAAUGGAAACUGUUUUGGACUAUCACAUUUUUGCAGAAAUAGCCAAUGAAUUGGUGGGCCAAGUUAACUUAAAUCUUAAUACAUUGGAAAUGGUCCCAUCAUCUCUACUGAGACAUGCAAGAGCAGAGUACAGAGCUAGGUGGCCAACAGGGCAGCUGUUUCUGAGGUUGAAUAUGUUGAAUUUUUACUAGAUUUUAACAGUCAUACUUAUUGAAUCUGUGGAAUAUUUGCUAUCAAUUCUAGUCAGAAAAGAUCCCUUACCAUAGGGCCUUUUGCAUUGUUUGUGUUGACAGUUAUCAGUUAUUUUAUGCUGGAAAGCACAUGUAAAAAUCAACAUUUUUUUUAUGUCUGUGAUUUUUCCAAUUCAGUUGUUUAUAUUAUACUUUUAUAAUGUUUUUUUUCUUUUUUUACAGUUUUUGCUCAAUCAGAGAUUACAUUUUUCUUGUGCCAUUUUUUGUUUUUGUUCUUAUUAAAAAAAA